UGGCUCCCUGUGCAUUUGCUUUUUUCGGCCCUCUUCACAGACUACCACUUCCCCCACCAUUCACACCUUCGGCACACGCUCGCUUAGCAGCAGCACUGGGGACACAAAGGUGACGACGAUGCGGCGUGCCUCAGCACCGGUGGCUCUUUCUGCAGCCCUUUCUCUUGCCGCACUCGUCGACGCUCAUGGUCACCAUCAGGAAGGCCCCGCCGAUGACUCUGUGCCCAUUGAUUCAAUUCUCUGGUUGCACAUCUUGAUCCAGUCGCUCGCCUGGUUCAUCCUCUUCCCCCUCACCAUGGUCUUGGGCCUGACAAGGCACCGCCUCCACGUGCCCCUCGCCGUGCUAGCUCUCGUCCUGACCACUGCUGGCUACUUUCUGGGCCACGGACACGGCGGAAGGUCGUUUCCCCACACGGCUCAUGGAACGGUGGCCAACCUGUUGAUCCCGCUGCUAAUGGCGCAGGGUGCACUAGGCGUCUAUCUGAAGCUCCAUCUCAAAUGGAAGGCAGAGGGCUUCGUCCGUCCGAUCGUCAUUUUCGCCCACGGCCUCAUCGGGAAGCUCUUCUCGAUUCUUGGCUGGCUGCAGAUGCUUCUUGGAAUCAUCACGCUGCGCUCCUGGUGCAUGGGCGGCCGGACGGGCCAGUGCCUCGCGCAUCACAUCAUGGGCAGCGCAUUCAUCGGCUAUGGUACCGUUCUCCUCAUCAUGCUCAAGGCUGGCGUCAGCUGGCUCUCACGGCGCAAGACCCUUACCAGCCAGGAAUUUCUCGACAGCACUGUCAUCUUUGCCUGGGGUUGUGUCAAUGCGCUCACGGAGCACCACGGCGGGCCGUGGACGCACAAGGAUUUGCAGCACACAUUGCUCGGCGUCGUCUGGGUCGCUGGUGGCGCCGCUGGUAUGUGGCUCUCCAAGGGCGGCAGGCGGAGCGUGGUACCCGCCGUGGUCAUCAUCAUCACUGGUUGGGCCAUGAGUGGACACGCACAGGCUUUGAUGAUUUCAACGAUGAUUCAUGCGCUAUUCGGGUAUUGUCUCAUGGCUGCCGGUGCCGCCCGUAUCAUCGAGGUCUGUUUUGUCCUUGGCGACGGCCCUACAGGAGAGCAACCGGACUCGGAGCGACCAUCGGAGGAAGACGAACGGCAAAGGAUGGACACGGAGAAGCAGUGGUUCCCCAUUCGCGCAUUCCAGUACCUGCCACCUUGGCUCCUCUUUGCCUCGGGCGUCCUCUUCAUGUCGGCCACCGACGAGGAGCUGCGCUGGGCAGACUCCUACGGCGUCGAUCACAUCACCUGGGGCCUCAUUGACUUCUCCAUCUCCUUUUUCCUCUUUCUUUGGGCAAACGUCCUCAUUGAUCUCUACACUUCCCAAGGUGGGCGUUAUGGGUCCGCGCGCAAGGCCGCUGCUUCCGCUACUGCUGGCCGCAGCGGUCGUGCUGGUCUUGCCGAGUCCGGUGGUCUCCGCUCGCUUUAUUCCCGCGUCAGCAUGGGUGAAUCGGCUCCGCUGCGCGUCGACGAGGACUCGGAGGAAGGCGUAGUUAGCGGCAGCUCUGGUUCCCUCGAGAUGAACAGGCUCGAGGGCAAGAGGGCAAAGAAUGACCGCUCCGAUGCGCAAAUGAAUGGAAACGUGACUGGGAAUGGUGGCCAAGGCCACCACGUCUUAUUUGACGAUGACGAAGACGAGGAGGACGACGAUCCUUUCGAUGAUGAGAGAAGACGGUGAUGCAUUGCAUUGAACCCUUUGCUACUAUACCAUCUUUCCGUUUUUCUUUUGUCAAUGGGGUCAAUGGGA